CACAUCUUCAACUUUUGUCUCGUUUCCGUGCUUCUCGUUCACAUUUACAAACCCUCAAAUGUUCACUUUCUUCUUCACUCACACUUUGGUCGUUCUUUUCCUCACUCAUACUCUGAAUCCUUCGUCUUUGUGUUCUUAGUUCAGCUGUGCUCAUAGGUGCUAUCAAAUAAGCAAUCAAUACAUUACGGAUAAUGUUAAUGCAUUUGUUUUGGACCUAAGAGAUAAUAGUGGUGGUUUUUUCAUAUAAAGAAUUGAGAUUGCCAAACUUGGAGUUUUUAGCUUUGCCUAGGGGUGAUGCCAUACAUUUGCUUGCACAAUACAACAGAAAUGUCGUGACAGUCAUUCAAUUGAUAUUUUCCUAGUUUGAGUGUAACAAAGUGGAUACAUCUAAACUGGGGAGAUGGCAGCUUAAUUAUUUUGUUUUUAGAGAUUUGGAAACUGCUCCGACCUGGUAGCAUUUUUGUGGUGGAACCUCAACCAUGGAAGUCAUAUGAAAGCAAUCGUAAUGUCUCAGAGGUGAUAAUUUGGUAGCCUUUAUUUUUGUGAAAGUGGAAAAUGUUUUCUUGAAAUAAAAAAAUCCUUACAAAUGAAGCAACAAAUCCAAACAUUUUAAUUUAGCUCUUUGUAACUCAUUGGUUGAUCAAUUUAAAUUUCCUUGCUAAUGUUGCAAAAUGUUCAAUUCAGAAAAGCCUAGCUUCACUAAACAUGCUUAAAACUAGUUUAUUUAUUUUCUAAAUUUUUUCUGCAUGGAGAUAUGGUUAUGGACAGUGAAGAUAAUAUUAUAAGAGAGAGAGAGAGAAAGAGAGAGAGAAGUGAGGGAGAGGGUUGAGUUUUGGAUUGAGAAAUUGUAAGUUGCUGGAGGGACAAGAAAAGGCCAUAAAUAAACAAACUUUGUAUGCAUUUGUGUUUUGCUUUUAUUUGUUAAUUAAUAAUAAUUGAACACAGAAAAAUUCAACUAAUUUUUUCUGUAAUAUUCAGGUUUGAAAUAUUAUAACAAACUUAUAGUGUGGUUGGUAGAACAGAGAAAGGAGGAGGGUAUAGUAGAACAUAGUAGGAGGAGGCAAAGCAUAGAAUUUUUUUCUUGAGUAGUGUAGCAUCUGUAUGAUUCAUUGGUCUUCUUUCGACAUGUUUAAUCAACUUUCUCUCUCUUUUUUAUAAGAAAUUCAUCUGCGGACACAAGGCUUGAAUGACAUUACUAACUGACAAUCCUUGUUACAAGCUAAGUUACAUUUGGUUCACUUGAUAAUCUCAAAAUGCCCCGAGGAAGAGGAAGAGGGAGAGGUCGAGGUUUUAUUACUCCAUUCCAUCCUACUCACUCUCUCAUUAACUCUUUAGACCCAAAUCCUUGUUUGCAUUCACCAGGUGCUACUUCAAUCCAUGAACCAUCAGAUGAUGUUGGCCAUUCAACCAAUGGUGAUCAAUCAAUAGACACCACCCCACCAAUUGAUGCUAACCAAUCUUGUGUUGCCCCAACAUGUGCUAACCCACAAUUUCAGGAGGAGCCUUCAAGUGAAAAUUCUCACAAUGAAGUUCAUAGGAGACCUAUUAUAUCUGUGCAAAAAAUUACUAACCCGAGGAGGUUUGUUCCAGAUUCAGUGACUCGAGAUAUUAUAUCUGAGUUGCUCAUGAGGAUGCCUAAUCCAGCACCAAAUUGAAAAAAAUAUUCUGUUGAUAUGAAAGAAAUUCUGUUCAAUGAGUUUAUGGAGAAGUAUCGUUUUUCAUCAACUUAUGAUCGUUGUAUAGCAAGAAAGGUUUGGAAUUUAACAUGCAUGGAUCGAUAUUCUGACUCUUUAUCUAAGGCGAGAAAAAAGGCGAAAGAAAGGACAAAUUCAGACAAUAUUCAAGACUUAAAAGGUUUUGGACCAAGAGGUAUUAGGACUGAGAUGUGGGAUGGAUUAGUAGACAUAUGGGCAACAAAAAAAUGGAAAAAAAAGUCUACUGCAGGUAAGAGCAAUAGGGCUGCCAAGCCUGAUGCCAUGAUUCACACAGCAGGAUCACGAAGCUUUGGACAACACUUGAAAAAAAUGGAAGAAGAAUACAAACGCCCAAUUUCUUAUGGUGAAUUAUACAACAAAGUUCACAAACGAAAAGAUGGUCAAUAUGUGUCCAACAAAGCAAAAAGCUUCAUUGAAUCAUAUGAAAAUGCUAUGACUGAAAAAUAUGGGGAAGACACGUCAAAGCAUCCUAUAGUUGACUCUGGUAUUUGGAUAAAAACAGGUGGUGAAAAUAGGAAAGGUAGAAUUUAUGGAAUUGGUCACAGUUUGGAUCUUGGCAUUGGCCCACAUGUUUCAUCCUCAACAGUUGAAGGUCCCUCUUCCCAAAAUCUAAAUCCAACAACUGAAGAAAUCACUACACUGACUACACAAAUAUCUAAUUUGCAAGAGCAGGUGAGAACACAGUUGCAAGCACAGACUGAUAUGCAAGCCUUAAUGCAAGCACAAAUGAAGGCACAAGCAGAAAUGCAAGCAACUAUGCAACAACAGAUGCAAGAGCAAAUGCAAUCUUUUAAGAGAGAAUUAUUGUCUGCUUUGAAGAAACAAGAAUGAAGACAUGUCUUAAAGAAUCCAAAACUUUGUUUGUGUUUUAAUUGUGUUGAUGCAUUACUUUUUGUUGAUACCCUCCAAUGCUUUUGUGUCCUAAAACUAUUAUACAUUGGUGGAAACUUUUAUCUUGUUUUGUACUGUUGGAUGGAUAUACUUUGAUCAUUGUAGGAUUGAUUAUCUAUCCUUUUUAAAUAGGUAUUGCAAAUA